GGCAGGGCUGCUGCUGCUGGCACGGCGCCCCACGCCUUUCACGGAUUCGGCAACCGUCCCCCUCCAUUGCCACCCACCACCUCCGUCCUCACCACCCCGAAAUGUCCACACAGGCACUCGCCACCACCACCACCUCCCACUCCUCCUUUACUAAACCAGCUGAAGAGAGGAAGCUCGCCUCCUUCUCCUUCCCCAUUUCUUCUUCUUCCCCGUCGUCGCGCCGCGCCGGUCGAUCUAGCUAGCUAGCCAGCUCGCGCGCGUGCACGAUUGCUGGAUUGGAGGUGAAUUGGGAGGGUGGUGGAGCGAUGGGGCGGGGCAAGAUCGAGAUCAAGCGGAUCGAGAACGCGACCAACCGGCAGGUGACCUACUCCAAGCGCCGGUCGGGCAUCAUGAAGAAGGCCAAGGAGCUCACCGUCCUCUGCGACGCGCAGGUCGCCAUCAUCAUGUUCUCCUCCACCGGCAAGUACCACGAGUUCAUCAGCUCAGGCUCCGACAUCAAGGGGAUCUUUGACCGCUACCAGCAGGCGCUCGGGACCAGCCUGUGGACCGAGCAGUAUGAGAAUAUGCAGCGCACUCUCAGCCAUCUCAAGGACAUCAACCGGAACCUGCGCACCGAGAUCAGGCAAAGGAUGGGUGAAGAUCUGGACGUGCUGGAGUUCGAUGAGCUGCGCGGCCUUGAGCAAAAUGUCGACGCCGCUCUCAAGGAGGUUCGCCAGAGGAAGUAUCAUGUGAUCACCACGCAGACUGAAACCUACAAGAAGAAGGUGAAGCACUCCCAGGAGGCAUACAAGAACCUGCAGCAGGAACUGGGCAUGCGCGAGGACCCGGCGUAUGGGUUUGUGGACAACCCGGCGGCGGGAGGGUGGGAUGGUGUGGCGGCGGUGGCUAUGGGCGGCAGCUCCGCGGCGGACAUGUACGCGUUUCGCGUGGUGCCCAGCCAGCCAAACCUGCACGGCAUGGCCUACGGCGGUUCCCACGACCUGCGUCUCGGUUGAAUCUCCAUCACAACGAUCGCUUCUAAAUUUUACGUCUCAAGUGCUCAAUCGACAAACUGCAAUAAAGAAAAUCCGUGUAUUGUAUUAUGACAUGUUUGUGAUGCCUUGUAUCGAUCUUGUGCAUGCGUGUAUGCACACGCGUGGUUGGCCCCGAUUCAGUUCAUAGGUAAUUGUGUAUUGUAUCAGCCUGCAAUGACUUGGUUUGGUUGUCAUAAUUUCUACUGCUACCAUAUAUAUUUUGUACCUGUAACAAUCAUUUCAUAUGUAUAUAUAUGUUUGAUGGUUA